AUGGAUUCAGGUAAAUUGCCUAUUAUAAUUCUUCCUUCUUCGGGUUCAUCCGUUUCACUUAUUAAAAAAAAUGUCAAUGAUAGAAAGUUAAAAAAAGGAAAUAGAAGGGCCUAUAGGAAAAAUAGUUUUGAAAGAUUCAACUUGGCUUCCACAUUUUAUAAAAUUAUUUUAGCUUUUGGAAUCAUUAUUGUUGUAUUUCUAGAUAAUGAUAGUGUACACUCUAACUCUGAAUUUUCUAGAAUCGCAAAAGAAGGUAGAAAUUUAAGCGAAGCAGUUGCUCAAGAUGAAGCUACAAAUGUUGGGUUUACGGGAACAGAGGUAGUGGACAAUGAUGAAAAACAUGAAACAGAACAAAUUAAUGAAAAACAUGAAACAGAGCAAAAUGAUGAAAAAAAUGAUGAACAAAAUGAUGAACAAAAUGUUGAACAAAAUGUUGAAACAAACGAUAGCGACUCAACACAUGCAGCUAGCUCUGAAGAUUCUAGCAAAUCAGAAAGUAGUCAUACAGAUUUAGAUGUCACUAAAGAUAAAGAAAAUGAACAAACUAAUGACUCUAAUGAAAAUGGUGCUCAGUAUUUCCAAGAAAGUAGCCUUUCUAGUAAUCAAGCUGAAUAUACUCAUGAUGCUAAACUUACCGAAACGACAAAUUAUGAACAUGGAUAUGAACAAGGUGAUGAACAUUAUUAUGUUGAAAGCCAAUAUCAACAGGAAUCUUAUGGUCAACAAAUUUCAAACAAUCCCGAUAUUCAGUAUGGAAUAAGUGUAAUACCAUCUGAUUCUGUGAUAAGAUCAUUUUUGCAUACUUCUUUAACAAUAUCACCUGAAGAUGAUGAACUAGAUAACCCUUAUAGAGAGAAAACACAAGAUGAUGUAAAUACAAUACACUUUACUGAAUGGGUUGGUUAUAUGAAACAUGCAAUUCAAGAAGUAGAUCAAGGUCAUGAACAACCAUCAACUAGCGAAGUUCCAAGACCUGAACAACCAUCAACUAGCGAAGUUCCAAGACCUGAACAACCAUCAACUAGCGAAAUUCCAAGACCUGAACAACCAUCAACUAGCGAAGUUCCAAGACCUGAACAACCAUCAACUAGCGAAAUUCCACGACCUGAACAACCAUCAACUAGCGAAAUUCCACGACCUGAACAACCAUCAACUAGCGAAAUUCCAAGACCUGAACAAGAAGCUGAAUAUGCAACAAUUAAUACUAAAUUGCCUAUGGGAUCUGAAAAUCAUCAAACAAACCAACAAUCAGGACAAGGUGCUUCAAAUUAUAACUAUAAUUUAGAUAUAAUUGAUGAAAAUGAAAUCAAUAUGCUGUUUGGAGAUCCUAAAUCAUAUGGUGGGGCCAAAAGAAAAACUAAUUUUGGUUCACAUCAUACUGAAAAAGAAUCCAUGAACAUGUGGAAUGAACCUACUGAUUUAUUUAAAAAUAAAAAAAGUAGUCCCCCCAAAAGUUCCAAUUCUAAUGUUCGUGGUAAUGAAGAAAUGAGUAUGGGAAUGUGGGAUGGCCUGAGACCUUCUUCAAUAAGUAGAACCCACGGAAUGAACAGCAGACAAGGAAUGAGACCUGAUCUAUAUUACCCAUCAAGCAGUAGAAAUCAAGGAAUGAGACCUGACCAAUACCCACCAUCAAGUAGUAGACAAAGCAUGAUACCUGAACAAUACCCACCAUCAAGUAGUAGACAAGGUAUGAGACACGAUUUAUAUUCCCCAUCAAGCAGUAGACAAGGCAUGAGACCCGACCAAUACCCACCACCAAACAGUAGACAAAGCAUGAGACCUGACCAAUACCCACCAUCAAGUAGUAGACAAGGAAUGAGACCUGACCAAUACCCACCAUCAAGUAGUAGAAAUCAAGGAAUGAGCAGAAAUAAAUUAAUUGGAAGCUUGGAUAGCCUUGAAGAUUAUAAACCAGAAGAUUCAAUGUGGUCCGGUUUGAAAAGCUCAUAUCAACCUAUUUCAAGAAAGCCAUCUGUAUCAAACAUUCCUGGUAUGGAUGCAUUCCAACGCGAAGGUUAUUCAAGAAAUGAACAUGAAAUGUUUGAUCGAUUCGAUUCAAAUAGUAUGUCAAGAGAUUAUAGUUCUCAAUAUCCUACACCCACAUCUUCAAAAUCUCGUAACCCAAUGAAUAGCUAUAAUUAUAGAGACUCUUCAAGGUCAGGAAGUAAAUUAAAUUCACCAACGACCAGUUUACGAGGAAAUGAUCCUUAUAGAUCAGAUAAUGAAUCAGCAUCUACAUUAUCUAUAGAAGAGGAUAAACCAUGUUUUAGAUGUGUGAACUAUCAAUCUACUAAAGAAAAUAAAAGUGUAUCACAUCAAUCUAAAUCAAAUGAUGAUGAAGAUCUUGCUCAACAGGAGCAACUAAUUAUUCAGACUAUUAAUAAAGAGAAGCCAGGAACAGUUGCAGUUAGAGGUAGUAGGGAAGUAAGUGAUGCUAGUUUUAGUCCAAAAAAGUCAACAGAUGUUCAAAUCAAAGAAAUGGAUGAUCAUAUAAAUUCAAAAAUUAGCGCAUUAGAUGUAAAUACAACUCCAGAAGCGUUGUAUGAUAUUUGGACAGAUUUCAUUAUUGCUGAAACUAAAAAAUUUAUGCUAACUCAAGAAUAUGUAUUACAAUAUUCUAUAUAUUUACAAAAACGAAAUAAAUUAAAUCCAGAAUUACGUACAAAAGCUUGGUGGAAAGUAUUUUAUUCUUUGGUUAAUAAAUUUGUAAAACAUGAAAAAGAAGAUGUUUCUGAAUUCAAAGAAUUAUUAAAAUCAUCUACUAAUGUAUCUUUUAAUUUUGUUGAGUUUAUUAAAAAUAAAAAAGAGGCUUGGAGAGAAUUACAAUCAGAAAUUAAAGAUACAUGGAUGGCAGCUUUAACAUACAAAAUGAAUAAAUACAGCUAUCAAAGCGAUUGA